AUGCGGGAGGGACACUGCGCCGAGCUCCCUGAAGCCCGGCUAAGGACUCAAGUGGCGGGAGGGGCGCAGGACCCUCGCGGGGUGUCACCGCACCGCCAGGACUGGGACUUCUCAUCUUCUGGUAUCUUUUCCGGGCUGAAGAUUGACCCUGAUACUCUAGUAAAGAAGCUUGACUUGGACUCCAGAAGCAUCAUUUCCUCCAGAACAGGUCUAGAAGAAAAAACGGUUCUUUCCAAAAAAGAAAAAAUGAAGCUGAGGAAAGAAAGAUGGCUACAGAAAAUAGAAAGUGUGAAGCUAGCCACGCAGAAGCAAAAAGCUGAAGCAAAGCGGAAAGCAACACCUGUGGUGGGAGACAUGCAGCUGUUGAUGGAAGCCCUACCUGAGCUCUCCGACCUGACCACAGGUGGCAGGGGCAGGAAGCCAUCCAAGAGCCAUGUAAAAGCAAAGGCAGAGCCAGCAGACUUCUGUCUGAUGAAACAAGCUCAGAAACGCCAGCUCUUAGAGGAGGAAGUGGCUCGGUUUCAUGAGGUCAUCACCAAUCCCAGGUACAGAGCCAACCCCCUCAUGGCCAUCAGCGAGCAUCUCUCCAAGAGGCUGAGGCAGGAGGAAGAAGCACGGGUACAUCUGAAACCAACCCAAGAUAGGUUCCUGCAGAUGUAGCAGGAGCAGCUGCAGGGAACCUGAGGAAAUACAACCGCAUGCGAAUUUGAGCUGCUUGAUAGUUUUGGAACCAGAUGAGACUGGCACCAGCAACUCCUCCUUUCAUCCACAUGUUGCACAAGAGAAGGGCGAGGUGAAUCACCUGAUCAAGCCUUUGCCGCUGAGCACAAAGCCAUGUGUCCCUGCCCUGAAGCAUGGAUUUCACCACAGCCUUUUUGCAGGAGCUUUUUUUGCUUUCACUGCCCUUGGUGUCUGUCCUGCCAGGAUGUGUCAUCACCCUGCUGUGUCCUGGCCUUUUCCAGACCGCUCAGGGAGAUGUAGGACAGGUCAGACCCUCAGGGGCUCCACCAGUGUCCCCCCUUGAGAGAGGCAGUCCUGCUCCUGCUCUUCAUUUCCUGACCUUUAACCAGUUACUAAUCCUGGGAGGUCUCUACCUCUUAUCCCAUGGCAGCUCAGUUUCCUUAAGAGCUUUUGGGCAUUCUUUAAGCGCUUAAGAGCAUUGCCACAUGCCAUUUGGAAUCCACAUAAAGCCUGGUUAAUUGGAUCACCCUUAUCUUCCCUUACCGUUUCUUUGCAAGGGAAAAUAAUGCCCUGCAAUCCUAACUCUUCCCCAAUGUGAUAAUUAUCUAGGCAUCUGCUGAUUCUGCUCCAAACCCUGGCUUGCUUCAGUGUGAGACAUUAAACCUGGCUUUGUGUUUUCAUUUUGAU